UUUUUGUCUCAGACAUGCGCACUAGGUCGUAAUUACUUUCGCGGGCUUUCUGUUGACAGCUGGCGUCGUCUGCGGUCAGAGUUCGUCUGAAGAAACUUCAAUUUCUGAUGGCUUCAUCAAAGUUUUCACUAGAGGAGUUUGACGAUAAGCUCCUAACUUGUCCUGUCUGCAAAGGGAUCUACAACAACCCUCGCAUCCUGCCAUGUCUUCACACCUUCUGUGCCAACUGUCUGGAGAUGUGGAGGAAGGGAGAGGUUCAGUUUACCUGUCCUACCUGUCGUCAGCUGGUGAGGCUAAAGGGACCAGAUGUCAGCAGUUUUCCCUCCAGUUUCUACAUCAACAACUUGCUUGACUUCAGGGCCGUACAUCACUCGAAUGCUAAAAGACUGCGUGCCUCCUGCGGCAUGUGUGAGUCAGAUGCCAGUAUAGAGGGGACAUGUGGAGACUGCAAACUCCUCUUAUGUGGAAACUGUCUUACCGGACAUGGAAACUCACCUGCCUUGAAGGACCAUUACAUCAUCGCUCUACAUGAACGGAAAGACUCCGGCAGUAGGUCAAAGUUCACCCGAACACAGUACUGCCCUCAGCAUGCAGACCAGCGCAGGACCUUCUACUGCCAACCCUGUGACAAACUCGUGUGCCAAGACUGCACCACUACUGAGCACCAACCAGGACCAAACCAUGACCCACAGAAGGUGGGAUUUGUUGCCCAGAAGUACAAGGAUGAACUACAGACUUUAGUGGGGAAAGGCCUGGAUACAGCCGAUGUUCUUAAGAGGACUAAAGUAGUUGUUGGCAAAGAAGUCACAACCAUCUCAGUGAACUGUCAGAUUGUAAAGCAGGAAAUCAAGGAACAUUUUGCAGAACUCAGAGCCAAACUAGAUAAGGAAGAACAGGAAGUCACCGAAAAACUUGCCAAGAUGGAAAUGAGACAGAAGGAGCCUCUCACGAAGGAAGAGCAAGAGUUGGAAGAAAGGUUACAAUCCACUGAAGAGGAACUGAAGUUCUGCACAGAUAUACUAGCUCGAGGUAACGAUGUAGAAAUCAUCACACUCAGAAAACAGCUAGGAGGCAGACUAGAUGCUCUAUCCUUAAGUCAGAUUCAGCAUGAAGCACUGAAAAAUCAUGUAUCAUUUCUUCCAACAGUCAUUAUUAGUAACUCUGAGCUGUCCCUGACUUGCAAGCCUCUACUAAUCACGGAGCCCCCAAUAGAAAGUCUCCCAACUAAUGUCAUUUUCACACCAAAGGAAGGUCAAGUUUUGGAAAUCAAUCCGCAAGUCACAGUCAUGUCCUCUGGGGGGCAGUAUGUUGAGUUAGAAACCACCAGAACCAGUGAAGGGGCUUUUCAAGCAGUCUGGAGGCCACAAACAUUGGGGCAGCAUGAGGUGGGGGUGACUAUGGAGGGAGAGGGGAGCCUGUGUUCCUCUAUCAGUAUAGAUGUGGGCACUAACAACCCUGUGUUGAAGUUUGGGCAGGAAGGCAGCCAGCAGGGGCAGUUUAAUGAACCUAGAGAUGUAGCCGUUAGUGGAGACAGGUUGUAUGUGGCUGAUACUUUCAACAAUCGUGUUCAGGUGUUCGAUCUGAGUGGGAACUUCUGUCGGUUGAUUCCAAUACAAUCAGCAAGCCCUUGGUCACUCUCAGUUCUUAGUGAUGGCACCUUAAUGGUUUAUGCUGAAGAGGACAUAGUGAGAUUAUCACAGUCAGGAGAAGAGCUGCAUAGCUUUUCCAUGGAAUUUUGCAGCAGUUCUGGCGGCUUGGCAGUACAGAGGAGUGGGAGGAUUGUGGCAACUGAUAGAGACGAUCACUGUGUCCUCCUGUUUGAGGCAGAUGGGACCCUGGUGAAAAAGGUGGGAGGGCAGGUGAAGGGCGAGUCAGAGGGAGAGUUCAAUGAGCCAUUUUAUGUCUGUGUGGACAGAGACGAUAAUAUCAUCGUUACAGAUAGUAAUAACUGUCGCGUUCAGGUGUUUGAUAAGGAUAUGAACUUCAGAUACCAAUUUGGUCAGGAGGGUUUCCAGCCACAGGACAUGUCUAUGCCUAUGGGGGUUACAACUGACAGCAGAGGAAACAUAGUUCUGGCAAACUUUGCGUGGGACUCUAAUGAUGAUCCAUACCAGACGAUUCAAGUAUAUCGCUCAGAUGGUACCUGGGUGUCCACCAUUAGUAGUAAUGAUGACAAGAUGGAAACACCCCGCGGGGUGGCUGUGACAAAUGAUGGGCAUGUGUUUGUAUCUGGUGGUACUGACCACUGUAUCAGAAAGUACAGAUACUGGUGAUAUAUUUAAACCAGAUUCUUUCCUCUGUUGACGGUCCCACUUAUGUUUGCCAUCUUGCUUGCAUUCAUUCUCCUGUAUGUAGGUAUGGUGUACCAACUUUGUCACUUAACAGUGCCUAAAUUAUUACCUGUUGCAUAUUAUGCAGUUUAGUUCAGGUACAAUUGGUGUUUCGUACAUGUAUGUCUUCUUGCACCAAAUAAAACCAGCUCACAACAUAUUGGUGACAUUUGUUUUGGAUGUUCAUCUACUGAAGUGAAAAGGAAGUGACCAGUGCAGGGAAAACAUGUCUGGGCCAUAUGUAGUUAUCUGGUUAUCUGCACCAAAAGAAAAAAAAGGUAUUUCAAGCUUAAUAAGUUAAAGUUGUUUUGUUGGUAAUAUUUGCCAAAUAUAAUACUUUUUGUUCAUCUUUCUUAGCUAUAUAAUAUCGAGUUACUCACACUUUUGAAAAAUUAGGCCUUGAUUAUCAUCAAACUGUAGUGUAGAAUUUCAAUAUAUUGUGUAUUUAACAUCGAGUUUUCUUAGAAACAUACAUUAGUAAAGGCCCGAGUAUUUACCUUCAAAUUAGUUCCAAGACAGAAAGAAUUGUUGGAUGCCAAAAGAGAAGCAGAUGCUACUGUUUAUACUUAUAAACAGUUCUGUAUUAGUAUCCUUGUCCAUGCUCUCUAUGCAUAAUCAUUGAUGCUACUCUUCUUGUUAAGCUCUUUUUCAUAUGUUAAAUAAAAAGACUGAAACUGAAAA